GGUCAGAUAUAAGCUGCUUUUGCACAGGCAAUAUCACUUAUCACUCCCGUCACUUCCAUUUCCUUGCCUCAGUCUGCACAUCAAGCGUCACCAUGGCCUUCAAUGGAAUCUGGAAUGUUUAUGCUCAGGAGAACUACGAGAAUUUCCUGAGGGCUGUAGGACUGCCAGAAGAUGUAGUGAAAGUAGCAAAGGAUAUCAACCCUGUAAUUGAAAUUCAACAAAAUGGAAAUGACUUUGUUGUUACCUCAAAGACCGCAAAGCAAAGUAAUAGCAAUUCCUUUUCUGUGGGAAAGGAGUCUGAAAUCACCAGCAUUGGUGGAAAGAAGAUCAAGGUUACUGUUAAUUUAGAAGGUGGAAAACUUAUCUGUAAAAGUGAUGCAUUUUCUCACACUCAGGAAGUCAAAGGAGAUGAAAUGGUGGAGACAAUCACUGUUGGCUCAGCAACACUGGUGAGGAAAAGUAAAAGGGCUUAAAGCAGAACCCUGCAAAUAGUGUUUAUUAUAAAACAAAAAUAUAUAUGUGUGUUGACUA